AUGGAGCACAUCGUGGACGAGAUACUCAACUUGGAGGCCGAGCUGGAGGCUGCGGGAAGCGCUAGGAGAGAAACGGCGUGCCCUCGGACCACUCAGCGGUCCUACUCCCAGCCGGACUGCCUGGCCCUGCCCGCCUCCCUGCCGCCAUGCCUCACCUGGGGCGCGCUGCGGCCAUCCAACUCCUACCCACCGGACUUGUCGCAGGCCACCGAGCGGGCCGCCGCCAGCCAGGAGGCGCCGGCGAGCCGCGGGCGGGAGCAGCGUCGGAAGGAGAGCCACAACAUGUUUGAGCGGCGGCGUCGGUUCAACAUUAACGAGAGGAUCCGCGAGUUGGCGGGACUGCUGCCGCGGCGCAGCGAGCCGUAUUACGAGGCGGCGCGGCACAGCGCGGGCCACAUCCUCAAGGCUUCCGUGGAGUACAUGCGGUGGCUCAAGCAGGAGGUGAGCCGCAUGUCCGAGGCGGAGGCGCGGCGCCGCAUCCUAGAGCUUGAGAACCAACACCUCCGCUCGCGCGUCCACCAGCUGGAGGCGAAACUGCGUUCGCUGGGCCCCGCGGCCAAGGCGCCCGCACCGCAGUAG